AUGGAGGAAGCUGGAACCAAAGAUGCCGAAAAAAAGACCAAUCCACAAGAUAGAACGAAUUUUAUUUCUAGUCUACUAUUUUGUUGGCUUCUUCCUUAUUUCGUAAAGGGUUACAAAAGAACAUUGACAGAAGAUGAUAUGUACAGGCAUAGAAAGGACCAUGAUUCUGGAGAACUUUGUAAAAAACUGGAAAAGAGAUGGAAGAAGCAUCUUGAAAAUAACAAGGAACCAUCGUAUUUAAGAGUGUUACUAGGAACUUUCCUCUACGAAUUUACUCUUUUGAAUAUUCUUGUCAUAAUGACAGAAUCGAUGACUAUGGCGCAACCAUUUUUGAUCUCGAAGCUUCUCUUAAUAUACGAAGAAAAGUCGCCAGAAGGAGCAAAAAAUGAGGUUUAUAUCUAUACCAGCCUUAUAGUAUUCAUCCAAUUUGUUCAAAUCGUUUGUAUCCAUAAGUUCCUGCUAGGCAUGAUGCAAGUCGGAAUGAAGUUUAGAAUAUCAUCAUGUUCCUUGAUCUAUAAAAAAACGCUAAGGCUGAGCCAAUCAGCUAUGGCCGAAACGACAAUUGGUCAGAUAGUUAACCUGUUGUCCAACGAUGUCAGUAGAUUUGAUCAAGCAACACAUCGUCUUCAUUUUAUUUAUUUGGCACCUAUCCAGACGCUGGUAGUUAUGUAUUUGUUGUAUAUCCACAUUGGUUUGGCUGCUUUGUCUGGUGCUGUGUUUUUGUUACUGUCUAUUCCGUUACAAUUUUGGUUGGCUAAAAAAACAUCACAAUACAGGUUUACAGUAGCUGAGCGAACUGAUGAGAGAGUAAGACUGAUGAACGAAAUUAUUUGUGGAAUUCAAGUAAUCAAAAUGUACACGUGGGAAUAUCCGUUUGCCAAAUUCGUAGAAAUAGUUCGAAUGAAUGAAAUAAAAUAUAUUGGCAUAACUUCAAGAAUCAGAGCUAUUUUGAUGUCCCUAGGAGUAUUAUUAAGCAGAUGCGCUGUCGCAAUAUCCAUAGUUGUCUAUGUCUUCACUGGCAACCCAGUCACAGCCUCCUACGCAUACACAGUGACAUCCUUUUACCAACGUCUUUACACUUUAACAGAAUUCUUCCCUCAGGCCGUCUCUCAGGGUUCGGAAAUGUAUAUUUCUAUAAAAAGAAUACAAAGAUUUCUCAUGCUUGAUGAAAUUGAAUUCGAAAAGAACAUUAUUACCAACAGCUUGAAAAUUCACGAUGAAGACUUCGUGCGCAAAUCCACAUCAGAACCUUUACUAAAACAACUUGAUGAAAAUAUUAAAAUUAAAAAUGAUUCUGAUAAAUGUGUAAAAGUGUUACCAGAUAACUAUUUAGAAGAUAUUAACUUGGAUAUUAAAGCUGGCCGUUGUGUUGCUAUUGUAGGACCUGUAGGUAGCGGUAAAUCAACUCUGCUGCACGUUAUCAUGAAAGAUUUGGAGCUUAACAGUAUUUUUCGUCAAGUUAAAUAUGUUGUGUCUUAUGCAUCUCAAGAGCCUUGGCUGUUUGGAGGAAGUAUUAGACAGAAUAUCCUGUUUGGUCAGAAAUUUGAACAAACAAAAUACAACGAAGUAGUUAGAGUGUGUGCUCUUGAAAGGGAUUUUACUUUAUUUGCGCAUGGAGAUAGAACCUUAGUAACUGAAAGAGGUGUAUCCCUUAGCGGUGGUCAACGAGCUAGAAUCAACUUAGCGAGAGCCGUUUAUAAAGAAGCGGAUAUCUACCUUCUAGACGAUCCUCUAUCAGCUGUGGACACCCAAGUGGGAAAACAGCUAUUUGAAGAGUGUAUAACGAGUUAUCUCAACAAAAAAUGUGUAAUUCUGGUAACACACCAACUGCAGUAUCUAAAAAAAAUCGAAAAAAUGUAUCUUAUGAAUGGUGGAAGAAUUGAAGUAUCGGGUUCUUAUGAAGAUAUUAGAAAGUCAAAUAAUGAAUACAGCAAACUUCUCGCUAACAUCGAAGACGAGGAAGAAGACAUUAGAAGGAAACCCACAAUUGAUAUUGAUAAGCCAAAAGAAAAAAGUGAAUAUAAUGAUGUGCAAGUAAUACAAAGAGAAGAUAAGGCUAUCGGAAAGAUAUCUAGUAACAUAUAUCUAAGCUACGCCAAAGCUGGUGGGAACAUUAUUAAAGUUAUUCUUCUGAUUUUUGUUUUCAUUGUCGGUCAAGUUUUGGAUAGUAUAGCAGAAUAUUUCGUCACGCUUUGGGUAAAUAUACAACAAUGGAAGUCACAAAAUUCUUUAAUAACUUUAUCUUCACUUAAUUUAACAUCCACUUUAUCUCCUCCAAUUCAGCAAGACGACCCUUUUGAUAGCUGGUGGUUGACCUCAGUUUUUACCAGCAAAUAUGUCACCUACUAUUAUUCGAUCAUAGUAAUUCUUGUAGUUUUUACAGUAAUAUCAAGAUCAUUAGCCUUUUUUCAAUGGUGCUUGACGGCUUCUACACAAAUGCACAACAAGAUGUUCAUUAACAUCGUCUACAGUCCGAUGAGUUUCUUUAAUUCAAAUCCAAGUGGACGAAUAUUAAAUCGUUUUUCUAGGGAUAUUGGAACAUUGGAUGAGGUUUUGCCUAUGACUUUAUUGGAUGCAAUACAGAUUGGUCUUAGCGUGGUAGCCACCAGUCUAAUCGUAGGAAGCUUAACAGUUUGGAUUUUGAUUCCCACCGUCUUAAUUGGUGUUCUCUUGUACGUCAUAAGUAUUAUCUCCCUAGAAACUAGUAGAGACAUUAAGAGAAUAGAAUCGGUCACUCGAAGUCCCAUUUACACUCAUCUCUCAGCAUCAUUAAAUGGUUUAACAACAAUAAGAGCAUUUAAAGCUCAAGAAAUACUCCAAGAUGAAUUCGACAAGUACCAAAACCUUAACAGUGCUGCAUUCUGCAUGUAUGUUGGUGCUAAUAGAACAUUGGCAUUUUGGUUGGACUUGAUUUGUGUUAGCUACGUUGCUUUGGUCAUGGUUUCUUUAUUGUUUUUCAAAAGUGAACAAUUUGGUGGCAAUAUAGGCCUGGCUUUAAGCCAAGCAUCGAGCCUCAUUGGCCCAUUUCAAUGGGGUGUACGACAGUGGAGUGAGCUAGAAAAUCAGAUGACGUCCGUAGAAAGAGUGCAAGAAUACACAGAUCUAACGAAAGAAGAAGACAAUACAACUUACGAACCUCCUGUGAGCUGGCCCUUGAAAGGCGAAAUAGAAUUUAGUGAUAUAUCUUUACGGUAUUUUCCGGACGAUCCACCUGUUCUUAAAAAUCUGAGUUUUCUGAUAAAAGCAAAUGAAAAAAUUGGAAUUGUUGGUAGAACGGGAGCCGGAAAGACUUCUUUGAUCCAGGCGCUCUUUAGAAUGACCCAUAUAGAUGGAAAGAUAUUUAUGGAUGGUAUUGAUACUAAAACUGUUUCUCUUAAAAAGCUGAGAUCAAAAAUGUCCAUUAUACCUCAAGAGCCUGUGCUAUUUUCUGGAACUUUGAGAAAAAACUUGGACCCCUUUGAUGAGUACAAAGAUGAGGAUCUUUGGAACGCCUUAGACGAAGUAGAACUGAAAAACGCUGUAAACGAAUUACCAGCAGGUCUAGAUAAUAAAAUAGCAGAAGGAGGCUCAAAUUUUAGUGUGGGCCAGAGACAACUGGUCUGUUUAGCUCGAGCUAUAAUACGAAACAACAAAAUUCUAGUACUAGACGAGGCCACAGCUAAUGUAGAUCCACAUACAGAUGGUUUAAUCCAAACAACUAUCAGGAAAAAGUUUGCUAAUUGUACAGUGAUAACUAUAGCCCACAGGCUUCAUACCGUCAUGGAUUCUGACAAGGUCCUCGUAAUGGAUGCUGGAACAUCUGUUGAAUUUGACCAUCCUCACACUUUGUUACUGAAUAAGAAAGGUGUAUUUUAUUCUUUAGUUCAGCAAACUGGAAAAUCCACAGCUAAGAAUUUAACAGCUAUGGCAGAAAGUAGUUAUAAAUUUAAAACCAAUUUAGCAUCUUAA